CACUUGGCUUUCAUUUCUCAGAGACUCAAACUCUGUUGUUCCUCGAGGAUUCCAUCAAAUGAAACUCAAUCUCCUGUUAAACGUAAACCCCGCAUCGAAUUCUCUACUCCAAUUCCUUUCCUUCCCUUCUAACCCAAAAUCCCAAGUUUCCUUGUUGAAAUCACCCUUUUCUUCAAGAUUCUCUUCUUCUUUCGUACCGCGUUCUUCUUCAGCUUCUCGUACCAAUUCAACCACGAAGGAAUGUAGUUUGGAGUCCAAUGGAUUGCCCCACACGUCAAAAUCUAGUAUUGAGGAGGAAUCUCACGAGAAUUACAAUGUGGGAAUUGGUAAUCCAAUUGUUCCCAAUUUUAUUUCAACCCAGAAGAUGAUGAGUUCGAGUGAUCAAGCCUUCUAUCUGCUCGCUUUUGUUUAUUGUACGGCUUCUGUGGCGUUUACAAGUCUGGUCAUUGCAGCUGUUCCAACACUCUUCGCAAUGAGAAGAGCUGCAGUUUCGCUUUCCAAGCUUGCAGAUACGGCUCGAGAGGAACUUCCCAGCACAAUGGCUGCAAUUAGGCUUUCGGGCAUGGAGAUCAGUGAUCUUAUACUGGAACUAAGUGAUUUAAGCCAAGAGAUCACUGAUGGCGUCAACAAAUCAGCUCAAGCCGUGCAGGCUGCUGAAGCCGGGAUUCAGCAGAUCGGUUCACUUGCUCAGCAGCAGACCAUGUCAAUGAUUCAGGAAAGGGCUAGUUUACCAAUCAUCUCAAUACAACCUGUUGUGGCCGGGGCCGCUAGAAAAACUUCUCAUGCUGUUGGCCAAGCCACAAAGACGAUCAUGAAUAUCAUUUAUCGUGGAGAAUCUGGAUUGGAGACUGACGAAGAUAGUGGCAUUGAUCGAGUCGAAAUGUAAGGAAUCCAUUGCUUAUCAACAUUGAUAGACGGCUGGUGGUAUGUGUACAUAAGAAAAAGAAGUAAGACAUCGGACAAAAGCUGUCUAAUCUUCCGACGGCAUAUAUCGGAAAACUUAGCUGGAUAUGUUGCAUAUAAUUGUUGUUGUUAUCUGGGAUUUACCCUUUUUCCCCAGUCUGAUCCAUGAAAUUGUUUUCUAAAGCAUGAUUAGGUUGUUGAUGCAAAUAUAGAUUACAAUAUUUUGAUGAUCAGACAGUUCGAUUCAGUAAAAACAAAGCAGUGA